AUGGCUUCAACACCUUCGACGUCGAGCGUGGGAACCACGCUACUCCUGUUUGGACCCCAAGCCCUUUCGUUCAGCGCUGAGGCGCUUCAGACGCUCCGGAAGGUCAUCCGUGAGACUGAUGACUGCAAUUGGAUGCUCGAAAUCGUCUCCGAGUUGCCCACACGCUGGCAUCAACUUGUCCAGCUGUUUCCCAAACUCGAGUGCAUCCCCGGAGAGCAGGUCCUCAACGACCUGAAAGAUUGGUUUCAAGGCGAAGACAAGGACAAGGCCACCGCUCACCUUCCAAACGUCCUACUAACGCCCCUGGUGGUGCUCGCGCAGCUCACCCAGUUCUCACGAUAUUUGUCCUACACCUCCGGGGCCUCGGCACAGGCCGAUGACCCAUGGCAAGCGCUGGCGCGGCGCCAUGUCGAGACGGUUGGACUGUGCACGGGGCUCCUCAGCGCCUCGGCUAUCUCCAGCGCGUCGGAUGCAGCUACAUUUCGACAGUAUGGUGCUGUCGCUGCGUACAUCUCGGUCCUCUUUGACGACAACAGGGCAACCGUGACCACCGCCGACGGUACGGCAGCCCUGGUGCUCCAGCAGCUGAGACAAAGGGGCCUCAAAGCCGUGGAGAUGAGCCUCCGGGGCCGUUUCCACAGCCAAGUGCAUCACGGAGACCUGGAGCGUAUGCUCGGGUUCUGUGACUCGGACCCGGCUUUUCAGUUUCCGGAUGUAUCCGCCCUGAGUCUGCCUAUCCACCUCGGGAAAAAAGGCGCCGGCACCAAGCUGCUACACCAUGCCGCGCUGCGCAUGAUUCUGGUCGAGCAGGCGACUUGGUACGAGACAUUCUCCGGGGCGCUUCCCGCGCGUCUCGAGUCGGCCGGCAACGAUCCGGCCAUCAUCGCAUUCGGCCUGGACAGCGGAGUGCCGCCGUCUCUCCUCCGGAAAAUCGGACCGCGGCUGGUGCUCGCGUCAGAUCUCGACCAGGUCGCGGCAUCGCGCUCCGCCAGAGACGACAAGCUGGAUCUGGCCGCUCGCGACUGGGAGAAGGACUCGGACAUUGCCGUGGUGGGCAUGUCGUGCAAGGUAGCUGGCGCCGACGAUCUGAACGAGUUCUGGAAGAUCCUGUGCGCGGGCGAGUCGCAGCACGUCGAGGUCCCCGAAGAGCGGUUCGGUCCCGAGACGCACUGGCGUGACGUGGACCCGACCCGCAAGUGGUACGGCAACUUCAUCCGCGAUCACGACGUCUUCGAUCACAAAUUCUUCAAAAAGAGCCCUCGCGAGAUGGCUUCGGCCGAUCCCCAGCAACGCCUGAUGCUCCAGUGUGCGUACCAGGCCGUCGAGCAGUCGGGCUACUUCCACCAAACCCAUGUCGACACCAAGAUUGGCUGCUAUCUGACCCGGCCGGCUAUCACCUUGCAGUGCAAACCCUGGGAUGAGGGGGCCGACGGUUACUGCAGAGGAGAAGCGGUUGCUCUCGUUUUCCUAAAGCGGAUGAGAGACGCCAUGGCAGACGGCAACCCGAUUCUCGGAUGCAUCUCCAGCACGGCAGUCUAUCAGAACGAGAACUGCACGCCCGUGUUCGUGCCCAACAGUCCCUCUCUUACAUACCUCUUCAAGGACGUUCUCGAGCGGGCGAAACUCGAGCCCAAAAACAUCUCUGUGGUCGAGGCCCACGGAACGGGCACGCCCGUCGGGGAUCCUGCGGAGUACCAGAGCGUGCUGCAAGCCCUCGGCGGAAAGCUCCGCGACAAACCCCUAGCUUUAGGGUCGGUCAAAGGCCUAAUCGGCCACACUGAAGGCGCAUCUGGCGUGGUGUCUCUGAUCAAGAUCAUCUUGAUGUUGCAGCACGGUUACAUCCCGCCCCAGGCGAGCUUCCGGACCCUGGCCCACAACAUUGCGGCAUCGCCAUCCGACAACAUAGAGAUUGUGACCAAGCUGAAGCCGUGGGAUGCGGAAUACAAAGCCGCACUGAUCAACAACUACGGUGCCUCGGGUUCCAAUGCCUCCAUGGUCGUGACUCAGCCGCCACGGCCAGGCCGGGCUUUCCCAAUCCACGCCCCCGGCAUCAAGCAUCCGUUCUGGUUGUGCGGCUUGGACGACAGAGCCCUCGUCGCCUACAGCACAAAGCUGCGCCAAUUCAUUGCCGACCAGACAUCAACGCCCUCGGCGGCCAAGGUCAACGUAGCAAACCUGGCAUUUAAUGUCUGCCGCCAAUCCAACCGCCAACUCGAGAGGGGCCUCAUGUUCACUUGCAGCAGCCUGAGCGAGCUCGACGAGAAGCUCUGUGCCUUCGUCAGCGGAGACGCCAAAGUGGCAUCCGUAUCGACCAAGACAUCCCCACGACCCGUGAUCCUUUGCUUCGGUGGACAGGUAUCCAACUUCGUGGGACUCGACCGGAAGGUCUACGACAGCGUCAGGAUCCUUCGAAGCUACCUUGAUCAGUGUAACGCCGUGUUUCUCUCGAUGGGCCUUGAGGGCAUCUUCCCGGCCAUCUUCCAGCGGGAACCGAUCGAGGACACGGUACGGCUUCAGACGGCCUUGUUCGCGCUUCAGUACGCAUGCGCCAGGAGCUGGAUGGACUGCGGCAUCCGGGUGGAAGCCGUCGUUGGACACAGUUUCGGCGAACUGACUGCUCUCUGCAUCUCGGGUGUGCUGUCGCUCCAAGACACGGCCAGGAUGAUUGCCGCCAGGGCGAAGCUCGUGCGAGAUGCCUGGGGCGCGGAGAGAGGGGCCAUGAUGGCCAUUGAAGCUGACCUGGAUGUGGUCCAAUCCAUCAUCGAGUCGCACAACCGCGAUCUGGUGGAUGACGUUCCCAUCAACAUCGCUUGCUACAACGGACCUCGCAGUUUUACGCUGGCUGGAUCGACCACGUCGAUGGAUAAACUCACCGAGGCGCUGACCGGCAACCCUGUGUACUCGACAGCGACGAGGUUCAAACGGCUCAGCGUCACCAACGCCUUCCAUUCGGCUCUCGUCGAGCCGCUCAUGGACGAGUUGGAUGCCAUCGGUCGCACUCUGACCUUCCGGGAACCGAGCAUCCUCAUAGAGCGGGCGACAGAAGAGUUGUGCAUGGAGACCACGUCCGAAUUCGUCGCCCAGCACAUGAGAGAGCCUGUCUUCUUCCGCCAUGCCGUGGAAAGGCUGGCGCGGCAAUACCCAGACGCCGCGUGGAUCGAGGCUGGGUCCGCGUCUACCAUCACCAACAUGGCAAGCCGCGCCCUCGGAUCGCCCUCGGCGUGCCACUUCCAGUCGCUCAACAUCACCUGCGACCAGGGCAUGCAGAGCCUUGCCGACACCACUCUGGCGCUUUGGAAGGCAGGGGUCAAGACCCAGCAUUGGCCACAUCAUGCCAGCCAGACAUCUGAGUUCGACCAUUUGUUCCUCCCGCCGUAUCAGUUCGAGAAAGUGAAGCACUGGAUGGACCUCAAGAAGCCAUUGAAGGGCCUGGCUCUCGCCCAAGCAUCGGAGACGGCAGAGCCCGAAAUCCCUGUCGGACUGUGGUCCUUCCUUGGCUACCAGGACGCUAAGGAACGCACCGCUCGUUUCCUCGUCAACACCAACAGCAAGAAAUACCAGGACUUCGUCUCGGGCCACCUGAUCGCCAACACGGCUCCCAUCUGCCCCGCUACGCUCGAGGUGGACAUGGCCAUUGAAGCCUUGAUGAGCAUCCGGCCGGAGAUCAAGGCGGCCGGCCUGCAGCCCACCAUCCAAAACAUGCAGAACCACGCACCCAUCUGCGUCGACCCGUCGCGGCAGGUCUUCAUCGAGUACGAGGCCAGCAACGUCCACGGCCAUGCGUGGCACUGGAAGAUCACAAGCUCGCCGGCCCAGGGUCCAGGCGUAACAAUCGAACACGUGCAUGGCAACAUCGUCUUCCGCUCGCCCGAGGACCCUGGCUUCCAGGCCGAGUUUGAUCGCUUCGGGCGGCACUUUACGCAUCGCCGCUGCCUCGACGUGCUCAACUCCGUUGAGGCCGACGACAUCAUUCAGGGUCGCAACAUCUACAAGACUUUUGCCGAGAUCGUCGACUACGGUGAAGAGUAUCGUGGUCUGAAGCGGCUGGUUGGCCGCGGUAACGACUCCGCUGGCAGGGUCUCGAAGCGCUGGACGGGAGAGACGUGGUUGGACACCCACCUUGCCGACUGCUUCAGCCAGGUCGGCGGCAUCUGGGUCAACUGCAUGACCAACCGCGCGCCCGAGGACAUGUACAUCGCGAGCGGGUGCGACCUUGUCAUGCGGUCUCCCAAGCUCCGCGCAGACAGUCCUCGUCCCGAUGUGUGGGACGUGUUCGCAACCCACCACCAAGUGUCUGAGAAGCUGUACGUGACCGAUAUCUUCACCUUCGACAGCACCAACGGCGAGUUGCUCGAUGUCAUGAUCGGCAUCAACUAUGCCAGAGUCCCCAAGGCGUCGAUGCAGAAGAUCCUUGCCAGGCUGUCGCCCGGGAUUUCGACGCCAUCGGCUACUGUGUCGAGCACGACAGCUCCCAAGGCAAGUCAAGAGCACGACGACCGGACCAAGCUCGGAACAACAGCACCCGGUGCCUCAACAACUAGCUCUUCAAAGGCCGGUACAGAAAAGGCAGCAAAGAAGUCGUCCGGCCCUACCAAGGCCGACAUCAAGAAGGAGGUGCGGAACCUGUUGGCCAACGUUGCCGGCGUCGAGCCCGCAGAUAUUUCCGAGGACACGAUGCUCGCCGACAUUGGCAUCGACUCUUUGAUGGGCAUGGAGCUCGCACGGGAGGCAGAGGCUGUCAUGAACUGCACCUUGUCACCCGACAAGCUGAUGGAGGCGUUUGACUUCCCCUCCUUCGUCGACUGCGUCAUAUCCGCCCUGGGUAUCACCGUUGACGGCCAGGAGGAGGAAGUGGAGGAGGAAGACGAAGGCGACGGACAAAACGACGAGGGGUACGGGUCCGAGCCAGAGAGCAGGGACGAGCGGCUGCCGCCGGAAGUCUCGUCUGGUAACUCCAGUGGCACUUCGACCCCUCCGUCCUCUGUCGGCGACGGCCUGGACGAGCUGACCUUACCUGCGGGAGCCGUCCUGGAGUGCUUCAGCAAGACCAAGCGACUGACCGAUCAGAUGAUCCACGACUAUAAGCUCGACACGUUUGCCAAUGUCAUCGCCCCCAAGUCGACCCAGCUCUGCAUUGCCCUGACGCUCGAGGCGUUCGAAAAGCUCGGCGUGUCGAUCCGGGCCGCCAAGCCGGGCCAGGUGGUGCCGCGAAUCAAGUAUGCACCGCAGCACCAGAGGCUUGUCAACUAUCUAUACCGCUUGCUCGAGAACGAAGCCCGGCUCAUCGACACCACCGACGACGGGAACCACGUCCGAACCGCGGUAUCGCCGCCCAAGAAGUCCAGCGCGGCGCUGCUGCAGAAUCUUGUCCGUCAGUACCCCGACUGGAGCAAUGCCCAGAAGCUCACGCAAUUUGCGGGCUCCAAGCUGGCCGACGUGCUGGAGGCCAAGACGGAUGGCAUCAAGAUCAUCUUCGGUACCGACGAGGGGCGCGCCUUGGUGGCCGGCCUGUACUGUGACCACGUGUUCAACAAGAUGAACUACCAGCAAAUGGCCGACUUCGUCGAGGACCUGGUCUCCAAGCUGCCGCCUGGCCAGGGCCCGCUGAGGAUCCUGGAGAUGGGGGCAGGAACUGGGGGCACCACCCUGUACCUCGCGCCUCUUCUGGAACGCUUGCAGGUGCCCGUCGAGUACCUGUUCACCGACAUCUCGCCGUCCAUGGUUGGCGCUGCCAAGAAGAAGUUUGCCAAGUACCCCUUCAUGAAGUUCAUGACUCACGACAUGGAGAAGCCCGUGCCGGCCGAGCUGCUUGGCACCCAGCACAUCGUCGUGGCAAGCAACGCCGUUCACGCGACGCGAGAUCUCGUCAAGACGGGCAUCAAUAUUCGCAACGCCCUGCGCCCCGACGGCUUCUUGAUGAUGCUGGAAAUGACCGAGAUUGUCCCCUUUGUCGACACCAUUUUCGGCCUUUUGGAGGGCUGGUGGCUGUUUGAGGAUGGACGGCAGCAUGCCAUCAUUGGCCCCGAGGGCUGGGAGAAGGCCAUGCACGCUGCCGGCUUUGGGCAUGUCGACUGGACCGAUGGAUAUCUGCCCGAGAGCAAGAUCCAGAAAGUCAUCGUUGCCAUGGCUUCCGGCCCAGCGCAAGAGCGGCUGCCGCUGCCUGCCCCCUCCACCCCCAAGGUCGCGGAAACCGGGCCGGAUCUUGCCAGCCGGGAAAAAGACAUCUUGGCCUACGUCAAAAAGUUCAGCGCCGGCUUUGAGGUUCCCUCAGCGCCUUCGGCUACCUCGGAGGCCGUCGAUGACGGAAACUUACAUUGCGUGCUUAUCACGGGCGCGACAGGAAGCCUCGGGACCCAUCUGGUCAAGGAGUUUGCGGAGAGAGGAGAUGUGGGAGCCGUCAUUUGCCUCAACCGACAAGGGCCCAGCGCCGCCGUUUACCCCGAGACCCGACAGUUGGAAGCGAUGAUCUCGAGGGGCGUCACCAUUACGGACGAGGCCCGGGCGAAGCUCCGGUUCAUCGAAACAGACAGCUCCAAGCCUCGUCUCGGCCUUCGCGAGGAAGAGUACGCGGCACUGACCCGGCAGGUCACAGGCAUCGUGCACAAUGCCUGGCCCAUGAGCGGCAACAGGCCCAUCAAGGGCUUCGAGCCGGCGUUCCACUCACUCCGAAACCUCGUUAACCUCGCGCGCGACGCCGCCGGGCACCGUGCCGAGCGCCAGCAAAAGGUCAACUUCCAGCUCAUCUCGUCCAUCGGCGUCGUGGGCCAUUACCCCCUGUGGAGCGGCCAGACCAGGGUGCCUGAGGAACGCAUGGAGCCUCGAUCCGUGCUUCCCAACGGCUACUGCGACGCCAAGUACACAUGCGAGCGCAUCCUGGACGAGACUCUCCACCGCUACCCGGAGUACUUCCACACCAUGACUGCCAGGCUCGGCCAGGUCGCCGGGUCCAAGACAAGCGGGUAUUGGAAUCCGGUCGAACACUUUUGUUUCAUGGUCAAGUCAUCCAAGAGCUUGAAGGUGCUCCCGCGGCUCGAAGGGAACCUCACCUGGUGUCCCGUCAACGACAUGGCGGCGGCCCUCUCCGAGCUCCUGCUGCAGCCCACCCGGCCGCAGCCCAUCUACCACAUCGACAACCCUGUGCAGCAGCCCUGGAGCGAGAUGGUGCAGAUGCUGGCCAAGGCCCUCGACAUUCCCCAGUCCAACAUCGUCCCCUUCGAUGACUGGGUGGCAAGGGUCCGCCGCUCACCCUUGGCGCCCGAGACGGACAAUCCGGCGGCCCGCCUGAUCGACUUCCUCGAGUUCCACUUCCGCCGCAUGUCUUGCGGGGGCCUGCUUCUCGACCUUUCCAAGGCCUGCAAAGACUCUCCCACCCUCGCAGCGGUGGGGCCGGUAGGCGAGGACGUGGUGAGGAAGUACGUCGCGUCUUGGAAGGCGAUGGGCUUCCUACCAUAG